AUGACGAACGCACAAACACCACUUCUACCCUCCGACCACGCACAUACAGCUUCACAUCCUCAGCGUACCCUCACAACAGCCCGCCACCAGACAAAACGCUUCCUUACCUCAAAGUACGGCCACUAUGCCGUGCUCGUCCUGGUAUCGAUAGACGUCACCAGCAUCUUCGCAGACUUGAUCGCUCUGCUCUUGACAUGUGAAGGCCGUAUCCCGCUCAAAGAUGGCUCGACCGUGCAAGAAGUCUUGGGUGACCUAGGCCUGGUGUUUUCCUGUCUGUUCAUGCUAGAAUUGCUUGCUAGUGUUUGGGCAUUCGGCUGGGAAUUCUUCACAACAUGGUUUCACUGUCUUGACGCCACUGUGAUCAUAGCAGGCUUCAUCCUCGAUGUCGUCCUGAAAGGCGUCCUCGAGGAAGUAGGCUCACUAGUCGUAACUUUGCGUCUAUGGCGUGUGUUCAAAAUCAUCGAGGAACUCAGCGCUGGAGCCGAGGAGCAGAUGGAGCCGCUUCAAGAGCGGCUCGAGGUACUGGAGAAGGAGAAUGAAGAAUUGAGGAAGGAGGUUGAGAUGCUGAAUGAUGGGUCGGGGUUGGUGACGCGAAGGUAUUUAAAUUGA